AUGGACCCCACCGACGCAGAGCUCAAUAAUAUGGCCACCCUUCAGCAUGUUGCAGACUGGGCCGGCACAACUGGAGAAGUCCACGAACAAUUGAUGGAUGCUCUGGGCAAGCCCUCAAAACUGCGGGACAUUGCCUUCAUCAACCGGACGGUCUGGGACAACGUGGUGGCAGGGCUAAAGAUCGAUACUUCAUCUGGCACAACCACCAGUGAAAGAGACCUCACCCCAGUUGAGGCUUCUCGAAUCGAGAUAUUCCGAAGGGUCACCUUACUUCGGCUUGGUGCAAAUCCAGAUCACGUUGGAUCGUCAACCGCACCGCCAGUAGUGUCCAUCGGAGUCUCACCUUUGCCAAGUACUUCAACACCAACCUCUCCCACGAGGAAGCUGAAACUGAGCAGCGUGAUCGACCCAACGCUGGAUGCUGAGAUUAUUCAGCUAGAGCAGUCAGAAGUGGCACGCAUGUAUAGUACAUACAAGGCAAAGUUCGGUGACCAUCCAAGCCAAGAAGUGGAACCUUCGGCAGACCAACUGUCGGGUAUCAAUCAAAUGUUGCGAAGUGGCGCGCUGCCAUAUUGCGAUUUCAGUGUGUUUGGACCCCACGGACUCCGACAACUGAGAAAAGCAGUGUUCACCUCCUACGUACUGAAUGUUGCCACAGGAGAGUGGUCCAAGAGCGAAGCUCCAGGGCCUGACUCGAUCUUCAACUGGGAGAAGUCCUUUCGGCCUUGCUUCUCCUGGAGGCAGCCGAAUCCGAGCGAUUGGACGCGUAUGCAGAUCACAUCAAAGAGCUUCAUGGGCAGUUUGGCCAUGAAUGUCGAGAAGCAGGAGAAAAUCCCGCCGCAGGAGCCGGUCGAAAACACCUAUCAAGAGAAGGAUCAAUGCCUGUUGGUAUUCAGCGGCAAGCACAGACCCGGGGACUUGGCUAGCUACCUCGGAGCAGAAGGAUGGAUCGUGGUCAUCGUCGAUAAGGUGGCGCCAGAGCCCACCGAUGUGCUGUCAGAGCACAACCUCGACAAGAUCCUAGCCGACACGGAAACCGGCAUGUACGAUGUGGUGGGGUGUGCAACCCCGUGUGAAACACUAUCACCGCUCAGGGAAUCACCUCCAGGCCCAAGACCGCUGCGAUCUUUGGAUAAGCCAGAUGGGCUGCCAAGCGAAGAGCUGACCGAAAGUGAAAGGAUUCAGCUCAAAGAGGCAAACCGCCUCAUCGCGCUAUCAGCAAGGCUCGCGGAAAUCCAAGCUACAGCGGGCAGGGCCUUCUGGAUCGAGAACCCAGAUCACAAAGACAAGCUGGACCUAUGGAAGACCACUCCCCUGAAGUUCCUCGUCAGAGAGUUCAACGUAUGGAUCACCGAAUUUGACCCAUGCAGGUUUGGAGCAGAAGUUCGGAAGCCCACAAAGCUGAUGUCGUUCCACAUGAACUUUUGGGGCAUCGGAGACCUCAGAUGCAACCACCCAGUUCAACAGUGGACGAGAACGGACGGCUCCACCUACAAAGCACCACACGAAUCCUUGGUGCAGAGAUGGAGAACAAACGACGAGGGGAAGAAGGAGAGAGCCAGCAAAGCGUUGGCAGGGUAUCCUCCACAGCUGAACUACGCAUUGGCCCAAGCCACAGUGAGUGUCAGCAUGUCCAGAGCAACGGCUAUGCUCACAGCUCUGAAAGGAGAGCUCGUUGCCAUGCAGGUUUACGUGGACGAUCCCAUCAUGGUGUUCGAUUCACAGAAUCCCGCACUCAAAACACUGCUGGGAAAGUCCCUGCUAUGGGCUGCAAUCACUGGGUUCCCCAUCAAACUGGAGAAGACUGAUGCUGGAAACGAAGUCAAAUGGAUUGGACACGCGUGGACACAACAGCUCAACUUGGCGGCAAAACAAGCCAAGCGAGCUUGUCAGCGCGGCCGCGGGCCUGCCAAGCAAGCCCAACCCCUGCCAAUGAAGGAACUGGCAGCACUACAGCACACCGAGCCGGCUGUUGAGGCCACCUUGCAGACUUCCCUGGCAGCUGCAAGAGCCGAACUCGCGGCCAUUCUUGCCAAAGUGCCGGAUUCUGCAAAUCGCACGGCUACAACAGACUUCACCGCGCAAAAGAUUGAAGUCUUAGCCGAUUGCGAAGCCGCAAACACUUUGGCAAAGAGUUUCUCUGACACGCUGGGUGUGGAAAUUUACCAGACAAACCUGGCAAGGAAAUCAAUGGAGGAGAAGAUCUCUAAUGACAGAGAGCUCCAAGCAAGCCUGGUGUCGGACUUGGAUUGUCAGCUCUACGCUUUGAUAGCCCUAUGUCUGUCAAGAGGGGAACAUCCAGAGGAAAUCGCUGUCACCAACUUCGCGGAGAAGCAUUCCAAGGCUCUAGUGUGGGUAGGAUUUGGGCUGACCAUAUCAAGGCGAAUCGAAAUCAAUGUGAUCAGCUUCCUGCGGCUUGGCACUUCGAAGAGGCCAAUUCGCAAGGUGAGCUGCAACGCCUCGUUGAUGGGCAGACCAAGUUAUGGGCGACGCUUGAUCAGGUGCGCCAUGAUCUUGGCGAGGCUAAGCCCCUUGGACAUAGAGGAGCUCAGAACACAGCUGGCUUCAGAGCGCUUGGCGCGGGAGCAGGGGGAUGACCGAUGUAUGGAGAACAUCAGAGACCUGGAGGAGCAGAAGCGUAGCCGUGAAUUACAAGCCCUCGAACGACGCCUGAACAAAACAGAGGCCUCGCGGACCUUUUAUGCUCCACGUGUGUUAUCAUUGAAUCUAGGCAAGCUAGGGCUUUCCUUGCUGCCGGGCCUGCUUUUUGUGCGGCAUGCUCGAACCAAGACACCCAGGGCAGCAGACACUUGGGAGGGGCGGCCAUCUCCAAUGGCGCAGGCAGCCGAGAGGAGGCGAUUGCCCACAUGGUUGACCAAAGUGAGCAAAGGCAAAGAUACGAAGGAUGGUUCCAAAGAUGAUGAAGUGGAAGUUGUACCGGAUGGUGUGCCUGGUGCAUCAAAGGCCAACUUCUCAAGAAUUUAUGCCAGGGAGGAGUGGGAUGGAGAAGCACUUUCAGGAUUAGGCUCGCGUGAAGAAACAACACGAGAGUUUCGUUCCUUCUUAGAAGCCUUCCUGCAGAAGUACCAUAUCACUUCCAUCGUUGACGCUGGCUGUGGCCACUGGCCAUCUGGCUACCAGCGAUUCAUGCAUUGGCAGAACGUGAAAUACACAGGUGUAGACGUGGUGCCAUAUGUGGUGGAGGAGAACUCGCGCUUCUUCAUGGAAGACUCUGAACUCCUUGAGUUGUACGGUUUGUCCAAUGUGGAGUUUCAGUGUGGUGACGUGUCCGAUGACUUGCCAGCAGCAGACCUCUUGAUCGUGAAGGAUGUCUUGAUGCACUUGCCCAACCGAGCGGUACAUAGCUUCCUGGAGAAUAGUGUGGAGUGUCAGAUUCCAAAGUACCGAGCAGUGAUGCUAGUUCAAAACGCGGUCCCACCUGUUGCAAUCCGUGACAUGGUGGACAUUCAGCCAGGGCAAUUGCUUCCGUUUGACAUCACAUUGUCACCCUUCAAGGCAGCCUUCAAAACGGUCCUGCAAUGGCAAAGCGAUGAGCCGAAGGUCGUCCAACUGUGGGAGCCAAGGGACAGGCUUGGCACCCCAAAGAUGGAGCCAAGCUGA